GAGCAGGGACAGAGAACAAGAGCGAACACGGACGCAUAGAAUUACAGCAUGCUUUCGUAAGAGUCUGAAAGAUUUGCAAUUAUGAGAAGUUGUUUGCGGUAUGUUGUUAAAGUUGUAUGAUCCAUGUAGUUCAUAGGUCUAUUACCUAAUGUUGUCUAAGCGGUCAGUUUGGGAGAUUACUUGUUAAUCAAAGCUUCGUGAAGACAUCUGUCUACUGACUUGGCUAAUACUUACACAGUCAGUCGUAGAGUGUGGAGGUGAAUAUCAAGGCACCAUGCCAGUGUUCUGCAGCAGCUGUGAAAAUAAGAGAGCGGUGCUGAAACGCCCGAAGACUGCACAUUCGCUCUGCAAGGAAUGUUUCUUCUGGGCGUUUGAAGAGGAGGUCCAUCAUACCAUCAUAACUGCGCGUCUUUUCAACCGCGGUGAGACAGUGGGCAUCGGAGCGUCAGGCGGCAAGGACUCCACUGUGCUGGCUCAUGUGAUGAAGGUACUCAACGAACGCUUCGACUACGGCCUCAAACUCCUGCUGCUGUCUGUGGACGAGGGCAUCACAGGCUACCGUGACGACUCCUUGGAGACGGUGAAGAGGAACCAGCAGCAGUAUGACCUGCCGCUGAAGAUCGUGUCCUACGAGGAGCUAUAUGGCUGGACCAUGGACGCCAUCGUGAAGCAGGUGGGACUGAAGAACAACUGCACGUUCUGCGGGGUCUUCAGACGACAGGCCCUGGACAGGGGAGCGAUGAUGCUGAAGGUGGACAAGAUAUGCACAGGCCACAAUGCGGACGACAUCGCCGAGACGGUCCUGAUGAACGUGCUCCGCGGCGACAUCGCCCGUCUGCGCCGCUGCACGGCCAUCAGUACGGCGAGCGAGGGCGAGGGAGUGAUCCCGCGCUGCAAGCCGCUCAAGUACGCCUACGAGAAGGAGAUCGUGCUCUACGCCUACUUCAAGAAGCUCGACUACUUCUCCACCGAGUGCAUCUACUCGCCCAACGCCUACCGCGGCCACGCGCGCGCCUUCCUGAAGGACCUGGAAGCGGUGCGGCCCAGCUCCAUCAUGGACGUCAUCCACUCGGGCGAGAACCUGUCGGUGCGGGAGGGCGUGCGGAUGCCCGUGCAGGGCACCUGUUCCCGCUGCGGCUACAUCUCCAGCCAGGCGCUCUGCAAGGCCUGCGUGCUCCUGGAGGGGCUGAACCGCGGCCUGCCGCGCCUCGGCAUCGGCAAACACCACCGGCUCCACGGCAAGAUUCUGGCCCAGCAGCCCCUCACCGAGCGGGAGGAGCGCAAGCUGCGGGCCGUGGACUUCUGAUAGGAGGCCUAAACCACCCGAUCAAAGCCUGCUUGGCAUUCAGUAUAUGGCACAGACACCAGUGUAAAAACGUUUAGACUGUACCACUCAUGGGAAAGCCUGCUUGUCAUUCAGUUAACGGCACAGACACCAGUGUAAAACAAUUCGACUGAACCACACAUGGAAAAGCCAGCUGGAUGUUCAGUUACUGGUAUAAACACUAGGUAGGAAACAUUUAGACUAAACCCCAGUCAGACUAAACCACUCAUGGGAAACAAGCUGGUCCUUUGAAGGAGGUCUUGCCCGUGCUGUUGUGAAACCGGUGAAGAGACACUGGUGAAGGUGGAACUGUUGCUGAUAUAAAAUAUUAGCUUUGAGGACACAUUAAGAACGUAAAGUCAUAUCUUUGCCUUAUCAUAAUUAUUAUUGGAGAACAGAUUGGUUUUAUUUAUUAUGUAGAUUUUUUUAUUGAUUUAUGAUGUCUGGCACGUGCUGGAUUAGCAGUCUUUUUAUUGAUUUCUGAUGUCUGGCACAUGCUGGAUUAGCAGUCUUUUUAUUGAUUAAUGAUGUCUGGCACAUGCUGGAUUAGCAGUCUUGCCAGUGUCAGCUUUUUAUGUAGUAAAAUGAAUGUGCUUCAGACAUCUGCCCCUCCCUUUUUUUAUACAUUUUAUUCUGUUAUUUGCCCUGAGUAAGUGUUUUCCAAAACAUGGCUGCUCAAGUAAUCCACAGUGAUAAACAGAUCACACCUACCUCCUGCCUGGCGACUUGUCAGGUCUGUGUUUUGGCAGCACAACAUCCACGCAUCUCCACUGGGCUUUUCACUGUGGUAUCAUACCCACGCUACAUCAGGGAGGACGCCAUUUUGUUUUCAGCUGCUAAGUGAUUUGUUUCAGGCCUCUAGAGUAGAGUAAAUUGUGUGUUUUGGGACCGACCUUCAAGCUUGUGUGUGUGUGUGUGUGUGAGAGAGAGAGAGAGAGAGAGAGAGAGAGAGAGAGAGAGAGAGAGAGAGAGAGACUAUGUGCGGUCACGUUUGUUAAUUUGGCAUAUCCCAAUAAACUGUUGAAUUGGAUCAUCCA